AUGUCCGACGCCGACAACAGCACCCCCUCCAAGCCGGAAGCCGGCGAACAAUCCGAGCACCUCAACAUCAAGGUCACCGACGGUAACAAUGAAGUGUUCUUCAAGAUCAAGAGGUCGACUCAACUCAAGAAGUUGAUGGACGCGUUUUGCGACCGUCAGGGAAAGGCGCCGGCUAGCGUUCGCUUCUUGUUCGAUGGAACCAGAGUUUCGGGCGUGGACUCGCCCCAUACCUUGGACAUGCAGGACGGCGACACCCUCGAGGUCCACCAGGAGCAGAUCGGCGGCGGCUCCUGGUAG